CCGUAAAUUUCCCCCUAAAAACGCUCCCCCACUUUAUCUACAAUUACAAACUAUCCCUUCCCUUUCUUCUUCUUCCUCCUCCCUAAUCCUCCCCCAGCUCCAGGAACCAGUUCCUCUCCAGAUCCCAAUUCGCCAUUUUCUCUUGCUCUGUUUCUUCUCCUCCUCCCAAUAAAACCACCAAAUAACGACUUCCCUCUAUGCCUGGAAUGUCGAGAUGGAAGAAGCUCAAGGACACCGGCACAACUCUCUUCCUCCUCUCCCCUUCCCCGCGCUCAUCCCGCUCUCCGAUCGCCGCCUUCCGCCUUCUUUCCACUUCUUCUCCGGCGUCCCGGUACUUCCGAUUCUCCCCAAUCACCACGCAUUUGAACUUCCUCAACAGGUACCGCCGCCGGGAGUCGCUCCCCGGGGUCCAGGAGCGGUAUAAAUGGGACGGCGGCGAGGGUGGUGGUAAUAAUAAUUCGGUUGAUGGUGGCGAUAACAGUAUCAGGCAGAUUAGGGCCGAGGCUAAUUGUCCUCGUUGUUCCAAGCACAUGGAUCUUCUCUUCUCGAAUAAUCACGGUCGCGGUCUUAAUCAUCAGCAUCAUAAUCCCAAUCUCUCCCCUCCUUCCGAUCCUUCUUCUUCUGAUAAUAAUAAUCAGAGCAGCAGCGGCCGCGGCGGCGGCGGAGAUGUGUAUCAGGCUGUCAAUUACUGCCCCAAUUGCAAAACUGCUUUCUACUUCCGCCCUCACAGCAAUGCUCCGCUACAGGGGAGCUUUGUUGAGAUUGGGAGGAUCAGUAAUGGUAAGUUGAGGAAUAAAUACAAUUCCGCCAAACAUUCCAAUAAUAACGGCGAGGGGCAGGACUCUUCGUCUUCCGGGGAUUCGGUUACUGCUUCCAAUAGCAGCAUCAAUAAGAGGUUGAGGGCGUCAUUCUGGCAGACUCUUCGGUCGUAUGCGGCUGACCCACCUGAAAACUGGCCGCCACCGCCUCCUUUGCAUCCCUCGUCGCCUCCGGCCAAUGGGCUGGCUGUGCAUACUCCCCCUGGUCCACCAUUUGCACCUGGUGUUAAUGUCGUCAGGGCAGCUGGUCCGGGUGGUGGAGGUUCAAGUGGUGAUGGAGUUGAAGGAGAAAAGAGUGGUAGAUGGGGUGGGGCUAAUCUUGGGAAUGAUUUACCUACUCCGAAAGAGAUCUGCAAGGGUCUUGACAAGUUUGUUAUUGGACAAGACAGGGCCAAAAAGGUGCUCUCCGUUGCUGUGUACAAUCACUACAAGAGGAUUUACCAUGCCUCACAAAAAGGGUCAGGAGCAGAAUCUUUGAGUCCUGAUGCAAUUGAUGAUGACGAUAAUGUAGAGUUAGAAAAGAGCAAUGUUCUCUUGAUGGGUCCGACUGGCUCAGGUUUGAGUUAUGCACUGCAUUUGGGUCCUUUCAAUUGUGAUGUGCUCUUGGUGGAAAAAAGAUUUCAGGCUGGUUAUGUCGGAGAAGAUGUCGAGUCUAUAUUAUAUAAACUUUUAGCGGCAGCUGAGUUCAAUGUGCAAGCAGCUCAACAAGGGAUUGUCUACAUUGACGAAGUUGAUAAGAUAACUAAGAAGGCUGAGAGCUUAAACAUCAGCAGAGAUGUGUCUGGUGAAGGUGUUCAACAGGCUUUGUUGAAAAUGCUAGAAGGAACAAUAGUUAAUGUUCCUGAGAAGGGAGCACGGAAGCAUCCCAGAGGAGAUAACAUACAGAUAGAUACCAAAAAUAUUCUUUUUAUUUGUGGUGGAGCAUUCAUUGAUCUGGAAAAGACUGUUUCAGAGAGACGGCAAGAUUCAUCAAUUGGAUUUGGGGCCCCUGUCCGAGCUAAUAUGAGAACUGGUGGUGGUGUAACAAAUGCUGCUGUUACUUCGUCCUUGCUUGAAUCUGUUGAGAGUGGCGAUCUUAUUGCCUAUGGUCUAAUACCAGAAUUCAUUGGACGUUUUCCUAUACUAGUUAGUUUGAUAGCUCUAACAGAAGAACAGCUUGUGCGGGUGCUCACAGAACCAAGAAAUGCGCUCGGAAAGCAGUAUAAGAAGCUGUUUGGCAUGAACAAAGUAAUACUUUCUCUCAGUCUCUUUCUCUCUCACAUCCAGCCAGUUUCACUACUGCUGCUGAUGAGUUGCUACAUGAAAUGUCAGGUCAAGCUGCACUUCACAGAAAAAGCACUCGGACUAAUCGCCAGAAAAGCAAUGGCUAAGAACACUGGGGCUAGGGGUUUGAGAGCCAUAUUGGAAAGUAUUCUUAUUGAGUCCAUGUAUGAGAUUCCGGACGACGAACCAGGAAGUAAUAAGGUGGUUGCAGUUGUGGUUGAUGAGGAGUCUGUGGGAUCAGACGCCGCAAUUGGUUGUGGAGGAAAGAUACUUCGUGGGGAUGGCGCAUUGGAGCGGUGGCUUGCAGAAUACAAGUUGAAAGAUCCAGUGGAAAGUAGGGAAGCAGUAGAUGCAGAGUUGCAGGACGUGGAGUCAGAGGUUUCAACUAGAGCUAUGAGCAUGUGAAGAAACACUGAAACAAGAUUGAUCACCCUACUAAGUCGGCAUGUAAUUUAUUCAGCACCAGAUUAUUUGUAUUUUGUAUCAAAAUGAAGAAAAGAAAGCAGAGGAAAUUAGGGUUCAUAAUUGAGAAUGUAAUUAUUAUUAUCCCUAACUUGUAAACAUAACAGCAUAAAGAGCAGUGUAGUUCUUCCUGAAGGUGAUUGGGAGCUCUUUCUUUUGAGAAGUAUAAAAAGAGGCAGCACUGUAAGGGCUGGUUUGGUUGGGAAACCAAACUUUGGACAGUGUGGGAUUAAGAUUUUAGGAGCAGGGUAGCAGACAUAAUAAUAAGAACCACCUUUUUGUUGUACCAUAUAAACACCUUACUAGUUGCAUUCCAUGAAUGAAGAAUUUUGAAGUUCAAUUGUUUGAUACUAUCA